UUAUUCUGCAAUGAAUAUUGGGUUUUAUGUAAGAAGCACUGACAAAAAUAAGACUUCUGUAGUAACUGAGAUGAGUGAUGGCUGGUGUGCAAUGCACGCUGACAAUUUCCAGUCAGUUUGUGUAUGGUGUCUAGGGGAACAUUGCCAAUUGGUGCAAGCUAGGGAAGCCUUCAGGAUGUUCUAACUUGUGCUGAGACCAGGACAGGGAGAGAGAAUCAGGGAAAUGUGACUGGCUAACACAGAUUAUUAUUUAGAACAGUCGCUGUUGAACUUUAAGGAAGUCAUUCAUCUGUUCAUUCACAUCCUAGAAAGAAAACAGAGAAGAAGCAACAUUUAGUUCACUCUGUGGCCAAAAACCCCCAAACCCAAACAAAAUAAAUAACAAACAAACCAAUUCCCAAACCAAACCCCCUUCUCUGGGAAGAAAGGAAGACAGAUUUUCUGAAAGAACUGGGAUUUACUUAUCUUGAACAGAUGUACUGGGGUUGAAGAAUCAAAUGAAAAUAUAUACAAUUUAAUAAACUCAACUACAUCCAGGUUACUUUGUCUAGUUUCUAAAAGCAGCUCCAGAUGGUAUUCUAAUGAACCACAAAGGUGAGGAAAUUUUAUGAUAGUCUUUUCUGAGCUGGAAUAGUUUGCUCUUCACUUGUCAAUAUUCCUUCCUGACAUCCUGAAUGCUUGCCAAGGCAAACAAGAUCCACCUGUCCAUGGCAUAUCUGAUCACUCAGAAAGAAGGCAGUACUUUUGAAAAGGUCCUUAACAGAAGGUAUCGAUCCACAGCUAAACGUUCAAAUGAAAUUGUAAAAAUGAUAGUGUUGAAAAAUAGGAUGCCACACAUUGUUGACUUAGCUAUGAUUGGUCGUAAAUGUAGUGACAUUUUUUCUCUCUGACUAAAAUAUAAUGUCUUUCAAGUGCCUUUUUAUUGCCUGCAUCAUACAAGAUCCAAGAACUGCUUGCUAUUGUAGUCUCUUGAACAAAAAUAGACUAGUAAAGCAUCAUAAUAGCUAAGGUUUCUUUUGUUUGUUUGCUUGUUUUAAAGAGAACAAAACUCUAUUGCUAUGUCCUCUUAUGUAUUUUUAUCCAAGGUGACUUCAUAUGGAAUAUACAUAGUAAAAUAGAAACUGAUAGUCAUGUGAAACAGAAGGUGGACUACAAAAGUUUUGUGAUAAAAAAUUUUAUUAGCCUGUGGUGACUGCUAUUAAAUUGCAGGUCAAAAUUUGAGCCCAUUGAAGUCUGUGGAAGUUUUGCCACUAACAUUAAUAGUACAAGGAUUUGACUCAAUAAGUUUAAUUUAUGCAAACUGGAUGCCCAUCAUUAUUUUUUCAAAAAGGCAUUUUAAUUUGGCUUGAAAAAUAUUGUCACAAUGUUACUUAUAUUGAGCUCUGAAAAUCAUUAUACAAAAUGUUAAGCAAAACUUUGAUUUUUUUCACAUACAAAUAUAUUUUACAAGUAACAAAAACAAAAUAAAUCAAAGCUCUGCAGAUACUUUUCUUCCUUGGAUUUUAAUUAAUAUCUUUUAAACAGUUAAAAAUGUAGGAAAAUAACUCUCAAAGAAUGUUUCUGAUAAAAUUGGUUGGAACUGUUCAAAUUUUGAAAUUGAAAUGAAAUUUUUGUUAGUAACAAAAAUAUUUUCUUUAUGUGUAUAUAAAGAAAACAAGGAGUUGGAAAGUACUGUAGGGAGGAGACAAUUUCGACAGGUAUACUGUACUUCUUUCAUCAGACCUUAUCAUAAGAUUAUAGUGUCCUCACACGUGAGGAAGGAAGUAAUACAUCCUAUAGUGUCUUGUAGAAAAGUCAAAAGCAAAAAUAGAUUUUCUUUAUAAAUCUAGGAAACUCUGAAAUACUGGUCCCUUCCAUGGAUGAAUCUUGCUUUAUCUUUUAUGGUCACAAAUUGUCUUAUGAAGUUCUUGGCAGCUUGGACUUGCUCGGCCAAAUUUUAUUCUGAAUUUGAAACUCCAUGGAACUAGAUAAGCAGAGGCCUUUCUAACCUAAGUGUUUUUGUUUAGCAUUUAUUAUUAUGGUAUCUAAAUUCUGUUAUCUAAUAGCUGAAGAUUUCCUUCUACUUUCUCCCUUUCCUCUCCACUAGGUUAUCAGGAACCCCAACUGUGACAAGGUAUCUGCCCCUUCAUUAGGCAGUACUGACCUUGUCAAUCAACCCUGCCAGGGCUCUUAAAAAGUUGAAGGGUCCAAUUAUAGAUACAAGGAUCUGGGAGAAAGGAAGCGGCCUGGGAGUAAGAAGUAUUCGGGAGGAAAUCUCGUUACUGUUUCUUUAAGGGAGCGGAGCUAGGAGGCUCCCCUCUCACCCAAUCAAUUGGGAAUGAAGAGAUAAAAGGGGACUAGAUUGAAUACUCCUCCUCCCUCAUAGCAGGGCAGACACCAGUAGGAGGAGGCUGCCAAACCCUCAGAGCUUGGGGGCUAAGUGGGGCCAGCUGAGAGAGAAGCUGGAUAAGACUCUACAAUGGGCUGAAUUGCAACCCAGCUCCAGGAGGAAAGCUGGGGACUCCUGGUAAGGAGAGGGAUAAUAAUUACUUGAAUUACCCAGCUCCAGGAGGAAGUCUGGGGCUUCUGCCAUAAGGAGAGGACACAGAGACAGCACUGAGUGGACACUAGGAAAAGAGCUUAGAGGGCAAGUGUCACCAGAACCCUCUAAGCCAGAAACACCUUGUGUUUAUUUGGGACUUUUUGUUAUGGAUCCUCUUGCAUGAAGUUCUAUAAUGAAUGAGCCCCAAAGAGAGUACUAUUGAAUCAAACAUCAAGAUUGCUUGAAGUGGAGUUACUGGCUUUCUGAGAAGGGAAACUGAGGCAAGGAGUACAUGCAGCACCACGCUAACUCAGCAGGGGGUGUUCCAGGGUAGGCAUGCCCUAUGACACCAACGUAAUGAUCAUUGAAAUGGGUUUUGAUAAAAACAAAGGGGGGCAGAUUUGCAUUUGAUGUAAACUCGUGUAGCUCCACUGAAGUAAAUGGUGCUACAUCAAUUUACACCAGAUGACCCCACAGCUGUAUAGACAGAGAUGUUCCCUAUUUAGUCAUGUAUUCGUAGGGUCUCUGGAUUUCUUCCCUAUAUUCAGUCCAUCAAAGACCUCAAAUCACAUUGGCUUGGCAUAAGAAAAUGGGAUUUAGCUGAUUCUGGAGGCCAGUAACACUGCUCAGAGCAUCAGCUGAAAAAAGGUACUAUACUAUAGGUAUAGUGCUUCCUGGUCCACAGGUGUCCAGUCUUUGGCAGAAGUUGAGCAUGAUGCCCCUGCAGAGCUCCCAGUCCCAGAUAGGCUGUGGAUUGCAUACAUUUAGUUUCUCAAGAGAUUUUUUCUCUCAUCACGUGAAAAUCUGACACUGUGUGUGUGCAUGUGCGUGUGUAUACGUACAUUGACUUACACACACAUGUAUAUGUACAACAUAGGAUUUGGGUUUGUAGGUGACCAAAGAAUCAAAGCUGCACAGAAAUCUGAUUGAAAAUAUACAAGAUUUUAUUGCUCGUUUCCUCCCCCGCUGCUUAGUAUCUCCCUCCUUCCUUUUGUUACUAUAGCUUUUAUGCUGAACUGCCUUGUAAUACAUAAUGCAAACAACUAUGAAAACACAUAGUAACGACCCAGUAAUUCAUCCAUAGAAACCUAUUGUUUGGGGGGCAGGGAGAGGGAAUUGUUUGCCCAAGCAGAAAUCAAAUACAUUCAAUACAAGAAGGGAAGAGCUAGUUUUUUAACAUGGUCAGUAGAGGAAAUUGGCCAGCCUUUCUGGUAGCUAGACUGGAAAAUAUCAAGUACUGGCAGGUGUGAGUAAAAACACUUGCAGUAGUGCAUUACCUAACAGAUGUCAUUCAGAGAUGUUUCAAGAGCCAGGGCAUCACGUGACUGUGUAUAAUGGUAAGAAUUGUAAAGAAAAAGCCUAAAAUUAGUCUCUCUCUUUUUGUGAUAUAGCAGAACGCUCAAACAGUCAUUUUCUUAAGACUUUAUGAAACUCUGCUUAAAUGAAUAGAGUAGACACUGUAUUAUUCCAUGCUAAUACGUUAGAUUUUUACCAGACUCUUUGAAAAGAAAAACUUAAUUUGCAAGGAAUGUUUUGAGUUCUGCAUUAGCUUUAUGGAAGAAGUAGGCAUGGAACUUCUGGAAUAAGAGUUCUCAGUCAGACCUCUUUAUGUGGGUCAUUUUAUACAAUGGGGCUUAUAUUUUUCAUUCCGAACUUUUCUUGUGGACUACCUCCUCUUCUACUUCCAGUGGUGUGGUCCACAUCAAUCACACAAAACAUCGCUGUGACUAUUAGAAUCAUUUCCUUCUAUAGAAAAAUAUUAGGAAAGGCUCUUGUUGGUGUAUUUUUAAUUGUCUUCUGAUUUAAUUUAGCAGCUGGAAAUAAAGUGGAGGAGACAGCACCAUGUGAUCAACUAGUUCUCGGCAGACCACCAGCCAGUGUUCCAUAGAUCACAAUUUGAGGACCUGCACUCUAAAGUUUUGAAAUGAAUUUCUGGGUUACAACUGAUCUUCCAGUUAAUGUUUACGUCAUCCUGCUACUGAAGAUUUUUUCAACAGCCUGUAAAGUAGAAUCAGACUCAAAUGUCCAACAGCUGAACUAGUGGGAUUAAUGUGGAAUGGGUCACUAAUGCACUGGAACUGCAGGUUGCUGUGACUUUUGAUGAGGAACUAACUACUGGUUACCUUGGCCGGAUGAAUACCCAGGAAAACAAUAAAUAACUCUAAAUGUAUUUCAGCAUUAGGACAAAAGUUGCCUGUGCAACAUCCAGGAGGCUGAGACUACAAUGUACUUAAGUGGGUUUGAGAUCUCAGGAAGGAUGCAGUUUUGCUGUGAAUCUGUAAAUGGCUCCUGCAUAAAGAGCAGCUGGUCAAGCAAUAUCCGUAUCCCCAUGUAUAGCUUCAUGGUGUGCGUCAUCCUGGCCACGUUGGCUGGAAAUCUGACAGUUAUCAUCUCAAUAACACACUUCAAGCAGCUCCAUACGCCUACAAAUUUCUUGAUCCUUUCCAUGGCCACUGUUGACUUUUUGUUGGGGUGCUUCAUCAUGCCUUACAGCAUGGUGAGGUCUGUGGAGAACUGCUGGUACUUUGGAGAACUCUUCUGCAAAAUCCACACUAGCACAGACAUUAUGCUAAGCACAGCCUCCAUUUUCCAUCUUUCCUUCAUUUCUGUUGAUCGCUACUAUGCCGUGUGUGAUCCACUGAGAUACAAAUCUAAGAUAAAUACUUGCAUCAUAGUGGUGAUGAUCAUCAUAAGUUGGACCAUCCCUGCCAUUUUUGCCUUUGGGUUGAUCUUUCUGGAGCUAAACUUAAAAGGAGCAGAAGAGAUUUUCUAUAAUCAUAUCCACUGUGUUGGAGGCUGCUUUGUCUUCUUUAGUGAAACUUCAGGUGUGGUGGCCUCAAUGAUUUCCUUCUACAUCCCUGGAUUUGUUAUGUUGUGCAUCUAUGGGAAAAUAUACGCGAUAGCCAAGAGGCAGGCAAGAUCCAUUAGAGAUGCAGCUAUCCAAACGCAGAUCAGAUUUGAAAUGAAGCACCACAUUUCACCAAGUAGAGAAAGGAAAGCUGCAAAGACAUUAGGCAUAGUGAUGGGUGUUUUUCUCAUAUGUUGGUCUCCAUUUUUCUUCUGUACUGUCACUGACCCCUUUAUAAAUUACUCAACACCACCUAUUCUUAUUGAUGCGUUGGUGUGGUUUGGUUAUCUGAAUUCUACAUUUAACCCAUUAGUGUAUGCAUUUUUUUACAUGUGGUUUCGCAGAGCACUAAAGCUGAUUCUGUUUGGUAAAGUUUUCAGACCGGACUCUUCCAGGACUCAGUUAUUUUUAGAAUAAUAUACUUAUAGUUUUUGGACUCACUACAUUUAGCAAUUGGUUGGAGAUUGUACUUACACAGAUAACAGCUAAAAGAGACGAAAAUCAACAGCUGUUUGUUUACCCAUUUGUGAAGUCUGGUUCAGGUUGCAAACUGUGGUACCUUAAACCUUGUCUCAGUACAGACUAGAACUUGCCUCAAAUUAGGCUUAGUGCUUUGGUUAUUAUGAUUAAUGAUUUAUUUAGCACUUACAAUGUGCUGAGCUCUCUACAAUAUACAAAAGGGAGCUUGCAGUUUAAAAGAACAUUAAAUCACUUUGUGCAGAGAAAUCAUGUAAUUCUGAUACACUAAGCACUGUUUUCUUUUGGAAGGCCUGUCUCACACUUUUAUAAAGCAAGCACUCAACAGAUUUCGUUGCUGAACUGAGGUUUGUAUGAAUCUGCAGCCCUCUAAGCAGAACAACAAAGGGCUUUCCUUUUGGAUUUCCACUGAUGACCCGAAGAUGAAAGAACAUAGCUUUUAUCAUAAAGCUAUUCUCCUUUCAGUAUAUAUUAAUAUUUCUUAAGUGAUAAUUUUAAGAUCCCAAUGUUAAAUGGUAUCAAAACAGUACCAAAGGUAAGUGAACUUUAGCAAACAGAACUCAGAAGCAACAUUGAACAUCUAGGGGCUAGAAUCUGAAAAUCAUUGCAAAUUGUAUUGGCCAGUGUCCUCUACUGGUUGCAAGUAGAUGAUACUGUUCUGUUAUGUAAAACGAACAAUGUAAAAUGUGUAGCGACUAAAGGUUUUAGCUAAGAUGUAUUGUUAUUUUAACAAAUGACAACAAAAAAUUGUUGAUUGACACUUUUUGUUGACUUUUAAAAUAUAACAUUGCUAUGCUAAAAUGAAUAUCAUGCUCCCAAACUGAAACAGAAAUAAUAUCUCAGGCCUGAUCUUGCAAACACUGCAAGGAGUAAUACUUACUACUGGGCACAGUCAUUACUGAGCAGUCAGUGGAGCGAGACUCUAUAGUAAGAGCUAUACGCAGUAAUAAAUUAUUACAGUAUCAAAUCCUGUGCUGAUAUGGAUAGGAAAAGUGUGUGCCAUUUGUUGCAUCUUGUCUCUUAAUCUGUGUUUUGUACAACACCUAGCAUAAGGAGAAUGCAAGUUGCCUAUUAAUGUUUCACUGGGAAAUUAAAAUAAUGCUCCCUUUCACCGGACCAAACUAUGAAUACUCCCUGUUGUCUCUUUUAUUCUAUUAUUGUUACGCUGACAUCUUGUAAAUCUGUAUCCCCCAAAACUAACUAAAAUAAACAAUCACUGGAUUAUACUGCA